CUGACCAGUGACUUUAUUUAUACAUCACUAGCAGGAUUUUUAAGUUAAUUGAAGGUAAGUGGAUUAUCACAGUGUUAGCCACUGUGAGACUGGAAGUGUGUGAGGGGUGUGUGUGAGUGUGUAAGUAAUCCCGUUGCUCUGUUUAGGGAGGGUGAGUGUCCGUACCCGGAGCGCGCAGGUCGGUCAUGGGAAGCGCGUGCACGCGCACUACCAGCACAAUAAACCCAACAGGUGUGUGUAUGGGUGUGUGUGAGUGUGUGUGUGUAUGGGAGUGUGUGUGUUUGUAGGCAGCCCCGGGUCCAGCAGUGGGGUCAGCGGGGCGCUGUGGGAGCUGUAGCCGGACUUGGAGCCUCACAGCCCGGCCAACUGCCCCUAGGAGCCCCGGCAGGUUAGCGCGGAUAGUUGGCGGAGACUCCUUUAGCAGCACCGGGAAGAAGACGGCGAACAUGCCGGUCAGAAACGGCUCCAUGAUGGAAAUACAUGAGGAAUAUGUGAAGAUAAAGGCUCAUUACGGAGGGGACAUGCUGAUCUCAGAUCUGGACUCCGGGGUGACGUUCUCGGAGCUGUGUGAGGAGGUGAGGGGGAUGUGUCGAGUCCACAGGGAGCAACCCAUCACUCUCAAGUGGAUCGAUGAUGAAGGUGACCCGUGCACCAUCUCAUCUCAGAUGGAGCUGGAUGAGGCGUUUCGGAUCUACAGCAGAAAUAAACGCUCUGGUCUGCUCCUCCACGUGUUCCCAAGUAUUCCUGAAAAGCCUGGAAUGCCAUGUCCAGGAGAGGACAAGUCCAUCUAUCGGCGUGGAGCUCGGAGAUGGAGGAAGCUGUACAGAGUGAACGGACACCUCUUCCAGGCCAAGCGCUUUAACAGGAAGGCGUACUGUGGCCACUGUAGUGAGAGGAUAUGGGGUCUGGGGCGGCAGGGCUACAGGUGUAUCAACUGCAGACUGCUGGUUCAUAAGCGCUGUCAUAAACUCGUCCCUCUGAGCUGUCAAAGGCAUAUGGAUCCAGUCAUGCCCUCCCAGGAGCCACUGGUUGAUGAUAAAAGUGGAGAGGAGGAAGUGGAGCUCCCCCCAGAGGACCCGGAGGAGCCCGACACAAUACCGUUCUUAGCGCAUAACCGUAAGGUGGAGAAGCCUGAGGAUGACUCUGAGGACCUUAAGGCGGUGGUGGACGGUAUGGAGGGGCUCCAGAUCUCAGAAGCUCUGGGUUUGGCAGAUUUCGAUCUGAUCCGGGUGAUCGGCAGAGGGAGCUACGCUAAAGUCCUGCUGGUGCGGCUGAAGAAGAACGAGCAUAUCUACGCCAUGAAGGUGGUGAAGAAGGAGCUGGUUCACGAUGACGAGGAUAUAGACUGGGUGCAGACGGAGAAGCACGUGUUUGAGCAGGCCUCCACCAACCCGUUCCUUGUGGGUCUGCACUCCUGCUUCCAGACGGAGAGUCGGUUGUUUCUGGUGAUCGAGUACGUCAACGGAGGAGAUCUGAUGUUCCACAUGCAGCGGCAACGGAAACUUCCAGAGGAACACGCCAGGUUCUAUGCAGCUGAAAUCUGUAUUGCUCUGAACUUCCUGCAUGAGAAGGGCAUCAUAUACCGGGAUCUGAAACUGGACAACGUGCUGCUGGACCAGGACGGCCAUAUCAAACUCACAGACUACGGCAUGUGCAAGGAGGGAAUCAGACCGGGCGACACAACCAGCACUUUCUGCGGAACUCCCAACUACAUCGCCCCCGAAAUCCUCAGAGGGGAAGAUUACGGGUUCAGUGUGGACUGGUGGGCUCUGGGGGUGUUGAUGUUUGAGAUGAUGGCUGGCAGGUCCCCGUUUGACAUCAUCACUGACAAUCCAGACAUGAACACAGAGGAAUACCUGUUCCAGGUGAUCCUGGAGAAGCCGAUCCGUAUUCCUCGCUCUUUGUCCGUUAAAGCUGCCAGCGUGCUGAAGGGUUUUCUAAACAAGGAUCCCAAGGAGCGACUGGGGUGCCAGGUCCAGACGGGUUUCACUGACAUCAAGUCUCACACCUUUUUUAGAAGCAUCGACUGGGACCAGCUGGAGCAAAAACAGGUCACGCCUCCAUUUAAACCGCAGAUUACAGACGACUACGGUUUGGAUAACUUCGACACACAGUUCACCAACGAACCCGUGCAGUUAACGCCGGACGACGAGGACGUGAUAAAGAGAAUAGAUCAGUCGGAGUUUGAGGGAUUCGAGUACAUUAAUCCUCUGCUGCUCUCCAACGAGGAAUCUGUAUGAGGAGUAAAUGAACAAAAAAACAUUGAAUAAAGGAAUAAACUGAUCAGCUGCUCCUCGCUCUGCCUGCAGGGGGCGCUGCUGAGACUGCUGAGACCGCAGGGGUCUCUCUGACUGGCCACCGGCGGUCGGGGUGGGGGGGGAAGAGCCGGACUUUUCUUUCUGUUCCUUCGUUCAGGACUACACUACGAACGGCAGCGUUCCGGAACCUUCUGAUCUCAGACUGGACCGGGUUUUACCCCAAAACAACACAAAACUACAACAGACUCGGCUGCUGAUUGUCUUCCUCCCACCCAUCAUCAUCCUCAGCGGUUCUGUCUGUCUGUCUGUCCGGGGAGGAACCCCGGUUCUGUGGUUCUGUGCCUGCGCUCCUCAUUUUAUACACCUUUUUUCCAUCGACCCGCGGCUACAAAGCGCCGGUUCUGCUGGAGAACCGGGUUAAAUGUGCACUUUUCUGUUCUGAUGGUUUUUUAAUUGAACGGAAAUGAGAAUGUAGGACGUUGGGGGCGGAGUCCUGUAUUAUAGUUGUAACCAAUCAGAGUUUAUGAUGCCUUUUAUUGUUUAUUGAUGCAAAAGUGGCACGUUUUAAAUCAUAACCCUGAUCUGAUUCGCUCACGUUUCCGACUCUCUGAUUUUACACACAAGCAAAAACAAACGAGACGAGAGAAAAACGCUUUUUUUCUUCGGUUUUUAAUUUAAUUUAAAUAUUAAUUACGUUUUAUUUUAUUUACAUUUAUUUUGGGAAAGAAGUGCCUCAACGUUCCGACAUCCACACCGAUCCCUCUGUACGGAAUUCUCCCUUCAAUCCGGGCUUCUUUUUUUUAAAAAUGGGUCACUUUCCAUGGGAGGCGGGGCCACUCGGGGGAUGGAGACCACUUAACAAACACACACUCAGACACACACACACAAACACACACACACACACUCACUCGGUGCUGUUUAGUGUGGAUGGUGCUACAUUAUAUACUAGAUGAUCAGAAGAAUAUGAUGAUGUAAUAAUGAUACCAGUUCAUUAAUCAGCUGAUCAAAGAGAAAGAGAGAGAGAGAGACGGUGGAGCCUCAUUAGCUGUGUGUUCUGUGUUGUUUGAUGCUAGAUUAUAUUUGUAGUCACAGAAUUUCAGAUGACCCAUAAACCACACAAACACACACACACACACAAUGUAGGGAUGGUCAUUUUAAUAAGCAAAUGAGAGCAGAAGUGGACAGGGAGCAGAGAAACAGAAAGAGCUUGAUGUGUAGAUUCCACUACAUUAAAAAUCGCAUUUCAUUUUUUAUCUUUUUCUGGUCAGUUUGAAUAAAUGGGUCUUAAAUCACAUAUUUCUUUAGAUUUAAGAACACAGACUCAGAAGGUCAUUCCAUUAGCAAGCACAGCUAAUAUAGUUAACCUAUGUGUGUGUGUGUGUGAAAUAACUACAAACUGUAUAUAAGAGUGGACCACACAAUCAGAAGCCAAAAUGUCUCUUAGGCCCUCUAGUGGCUGGCUUUUUCUAGUACAUCUUUUAACCCCACCUAUUCCCAUGUAAGUAAACGGAGCAGUCAGGGAUUUGUUUGGGUGUUGCAGUUCUCUGUUAAUUCUGCAAGCUCCGCCCACAUUAAUAUUCCUUGCCCCCGCCAUUUAAAAGUGCGUAGUGCUGAUGAGGUGAUACACAAAGCAAAUCCUGACCGUCUAAUAUUGUUAAUAUACAGGAAUUAACUAAAUAUUUCAAGACAAUAAAUUAUAUACCCAUACAGAACCCAUACCGGACCCACGCAAGCAUGAUAUUGCUGUAGGUUGAGGUACAUACUCCUGGUAAAGAGACAUGUGUGAGGCUUGCCACUAAGAAAAAUGGCUUUUCCUGGUUCCAGGUGGGCAUGGGCUCUGAAUAGUUUGUACCUGACCCAGUUUUUACUGGGAUCCAGUUGAGCUUCCCAAAUAGGCCCCAUUAUUACAGUGCAUCUAGAGCUCACAGUGGUUCCAUCUAAUGGGCCGCAUUGUGUGAUGUAGAAUCCAGAUGGGGCCCAUGUUUAUCCCCUCCUGGUCCCAUCACUAACCCUGGUGGGGAACCAGUUUUGGUGCCAACUGUUGGGCUACUCAUACAGGCCACUCAUGGGCAUGUUAUCUGGGUCGCUGUAAAUGUUCCUUUUAAAGAGACAGGGGAAGGGCCGUGCCACAAAGAAAUAUGGUUGGUGUAUGGCUGGUCACAUGACCUCGCCUUCCAAUUCUGCUCUGGACUAUGUUGUUGCAUUUGGGCAUGGGCUCUGAAUAGGCUUGUACAUGUAUUUUUAUUGGGACCCAACUGGGCUUUCCAAAUGGGAUUCAUUAUUACAGUCCACUUUAAUUUCACAAGAGUCCCAUUUAGACCCUCUAUACAGUGUAGAAUCCAGAUGGUUAACCCCUCCUGGUCCCAUCAUAACCCUGGUGGGAAUCCAGUUUUGGGGCCAACUGUUGGGCUACUCAUACAGGCCCCACAUGGGCAUGUUUUUUGGGUUGCUGCAAAUGGUCCUGCUAAAGAGAUAGAGGGAGAGUUUUUUCCACAAAGAAAUAUGGGUGGGGUUUGGGUGGUCACAUGACCUCACCUCCCACUUCUGCUGUGGACUGCUGUUUUCAGGUGGGCAUGGGCUCUGAAUGGGUUUGUACCCAACUGGGCUUCCCAAUUUGGACCCAUCAUUACAGUCCAUCUCAAUCUCACAGGGAUUUAGACCAUCUAGACUCCCUAUGCAGUUCAGAAUCCAGAUGUUUAUCCCCUCCUGGUCCCAUCAGUAACCAUUAACUCUAGUGGGGAUCAAGUUUUGGCACCAACUGUUGGGCUUUUCAUACAGGCCCCACAUGGGCAUGUUCUCUGGGUUGUUGUACAUGAUCCUGCUAAAGAAACAGUUAGAGGGUCUUGCCACAAAGAAAAAUGAGUGGACUAUGUUAUUUGUAGGUGGGCAUGGGCUCUAAAUGGUUUUGUACAUGUAUUUUUAUUGGGACCCAUUAUUACAGUCCACUUUAAUCCUACAGGGGUCUCAUGGAGACCCUCUAUACAGAGUACAGUCCAUGUGGGAUCCAUCUCUGACCCUCAUGGGCAUCCAAAUGUGGAGCCAACAUGAAACCAACGGACCAAAACUUUUUGGUUGCCAGGAAAAAGUGGGCGGGCUGUGCAACUGAAGACCUGUCUGGGCGGAAUUAGUUUCUCAGGGGUUCUGGGGUAAUUUUCUCUUUUAUGGGGGGUCCUCUGUGAUUUUGUUCUCAUCCGGAACGACCAUGUCUGUGUUUUUCUCAGACGUCCUCUGAAAAAUCGAACAGGCUGAAUAAUCUAAUGUUUUUUAAUAAACAACGUGGUCCUCCAGUAACUAAUUACACGUUGGGUGCGCGUUUCCACGGAGAUCCACGUUAAAACACAACAGCAGGUGGAAAUGGAGGAGCUACUGAACACAAUGUUGUGACCGAGAAAGCCAAAAAACUCACUGGUCCAGUUUUAUCACUGAGUAGAAGUGUAAAAUAUUUUUACAGACAUGCCCCUGAGAAACUAAUCCCCUCCUGAUAGGGCUUAAGAAAUAUGGCCUUACCCUACAAUCGGUUCUUAAACAAGAUGGCAGCUUCAACAUCGUACUGGGAAAGCGUGGGGACGUACCAUCCACUUUGUAUAUAUAGAGUCUAUGGUUAUAACACACUUAUACCAGUACACACAGUAACACACACCUGCAUAUACUUGUAAACAUCACACCUGGACAUCUUCACACCUUUUCAGUAUAUCGUUGCUCAAUGUUUUCCACAUGCAGCUCAGACACACAACUCUCACACACACAAACGCUUGCACAUUACCUUACAAUAUUACAAUGUAACACAAUGUAAGUUAGAAUGUAACAGCUAUACACUAUAUGAACAAAAGUAUUGGGACACCUGCUCAUUCAUGCUCAUUACUUCUUCUUAAAUCAUAGAUAUUAAAAACUGUUUAUCUUGCUUUUUGUUUGGUUUCUGCUCUACUAGAUUUUGGAGCAUUGCUGUGAGGAUUUGAAGGCAUUCAGCGACUAAAAGAGUUCAGGAGUGAGGUCAGGAAGCUGAUUGAUGAUCUCCACCCCACCUCAUCCUCAACUGCACUGUAAAACCUGAUAAGUUGACUAAACUCAAAACUUUUGUUGUAACCGAUUACCUAAUACAUUUUAAGUUCAUGUAAUAUAAUUUUUAAGUACAGUGAACUUAACAAAUACAUAUACAUAUACAUAUAUAUUUAAAAUUAAUAUUUUCCUGAACUUGUAUUUAGUCUUCUUUCUGGUUUCAUUCAACUAUUUUUUAAAAUACUCAUAGAAAAGUAGGUGAAAGAAAACAGUAAAGAAUUAAAAGUACUGAGAACACAGAGUUACUGCAGCUCAGUAAAUGAUGCUUGUUCUACAGCCAACAACACAAAGACCAAGCAUUUAAUCAUAAUAUGUGAUCUACAAGUUUACCUAAGGUAGCCCCGGGUGAAUCACUACACACUGAUGGUGAGUGUCUGAUUAGUCAGAAACUGUUGGACACACCCAGUAUGCAAAUAGAUUGUGAUAGAAGCCAAUGGAAAGGAAGCUGUUAAUGACAACAAACUAAACUCAGUUAUUAUAAGUUGAUUCAACUCAAAGAUCUCAGUUUAAAUGUUUAUAUGUGCCCAGAAAUCAGUUCAACUAACUCAAAAUAGUUGAGCAUUGUUUAGAAAUCUCCAAUUUUAUGUACAACAGACUUAAUUUAUUUGAGUUUUUUAUUUAUUUAUUUAUUUACAGUGUGCCUAAGGGAUUGGAUAGGGCUGCACGAUAUAUCGUUUCAGCAUUAUUCAGCACAGUUAUUGCGAUGUGCGCAUGCGCAAUAUUCACAUUGCAGGACGUGCAAUGUCAUUUAAGGCAAUUAAAUUAAACACGUAAUGUUGCAGUGUUUUGAUUCUUGACCCAAGAAGUAGACACACAGCGUUGUGAUUUUCUGAGUGAACAGUGCUGUCUCUGUGUCUGUGUGAAUGACAGGCUGCUGCUGCCUGAGAAGGAGGGGACAGCCUGUCGAAAGCUGUGCAUCUCAGUCUGGCACAGUUUUGUGCAGAUAUCACGCUCUUAAUCCCAGAAAAAUGCUCUUAUUUAGCUUUUAAAAUGCCAUUUAAAUGUCCAAUGGCAAACUCUAAAGCGCUGCACAGUUUGUAUCGGUCCAGAUCACUGAUGCAUUUUUUAAUAUCGUGAUAUAUAUCGUCAGAAAAAAACAUUGCAAUGUGAUUUUUUUCCAAUAUCGGGCAGCCCUAGUAUUGUAUAGAGCUCCUUCAUUCCAGAGAACACAGUUUUUCCACUGCUCCACAGAUCAAUACUGGGGGGAUAUAUACCCCUCUAGCCCACGCCUGGCCUGGCCUGGCAUUAAACAUGGUGCCAAUAGGUUUAUGUCCUAUUCUAUUGACUAUACUUCUUUUCAACAUGAACUAGAUAAGCUGUAUGUGUGUAUGCAUUUUCACAUAUGUUUCACAGCAGCAAUGGGUGUAACUUAAUUUAGCUGAAUGCAGUACCAUUAUAUUAGAGGGGUGUCCACAAACUUUUGGACAUAUAGUGUAGAUUACAGUGUAACACAUCCGGUGAAACCCUGCCACGUUACAGUGUAGUUAACGAUACGCUGUAACACAUUUAUAAAAUCCAAAUACAUUUAAAAAUCUUCUUUAAUAAACUAAUACUGUGAAUGUACUUGGAUUUCAAUCGCCACUCCCAUUUCACACACACACACACACACACACACUCUUACAGGAGUAAGCCAAUUACCACACACCAGCCGUCUCUCCUCACCCUGUUAUCUCGAGUGAGGCUCGAUCGCCCUGCAGGGAGAGAUCAGCAGCUCUUCUGAUUAAAAAUGUUACUUUUUUUUUUAUUACAUUUACUGAUUAAUUUCAGAGACUUCCAACUCAGCUCCUCCCCCAACAGCCCAACCUCCAAUCAUGCGGCAGCUUCAGUUAUCAGCCAGUUACAGCCAUAAAAGCGCUGUGGUGAUUGAGGCCACGCCUAAACGCCUAAACCGUGUCUGAUCCGCUCUGAUCGAGAGAAAGUGAGAUUUAGUUAGAAAGAAAGAAAGAGUGAGAGAGAGAAAGAGUGAGAGAGAGUAAGAGUGUGUGUGAGAAUGAGAGUGAGAGAUAAGAAAGCACUGCAUGAUUCAGGUUUGACUGAAAGGAAGGAGCUGAAUUUGAAGAUGUUGUUCGUCUGCCAAAAGUGUUGGGACAGCCGGACAGCAGCUGUUCCGAGUGUUUUAAUAUAAAAUGAUUGUCCAGCAGGUCUGCAGUAUCGGACCACCUUACAGCCCUGACCGCUUUAUUUACAGGUAAACCAUGUCAUGUGUGUAAAUAUUUGCAACAAAAAUGAUAAAUAACUAUAAUAACUGAACUGUCCAGUUUUAUUUGGUUCUCUGAGCACAAAUCUGAUAACAUUAAAACUGAUCAAACCACA